AAUGUGUCUCGAGCUUGGAAAAUUCAAGUUCUUGUCCUACAAGAACAAGUUUUUAACAUGUUUCCAAGUUAAAACUGAUAUUAUAUUCAUAGCUGCUGAGUGACUAUUUUUCCUUUAAAGUUUAGUGUUACUCUUAACCAGUUUUCGAAAUCAUCCCGUCCAAACAUCUCUCAGAAUGAGCCUGCUGAAACUUCGAACUUUAUCUUCCGUUCUGCAUGUAGGACAUCAGUCAUUUCCGAAGUAUUCCAAUUUGCUUCAAAAUGAGUGCAUUUCCCCAAUAUCAUCCACAUUUGACAGUAGGCAUUUAUUUCAUAGUUUUUCCAUCAGCAAAAAUGACAAUCUGCUCGAUCGGACCACCACAUCGUCGAACAUCAUCAAAAGGAAUAUUACCACUGGAGAGAAAGAACCUUUCUUACUGGCUUCAAUGCGGUUUUUCAUGGAAUCGCCACUUGUGCAACCUGUGGAAAACUUCAUUAUUCAGUUUCACGAUUCCGUAGGUUUACAUUGGUGGUCUUCUAUAGUUGUCAUGACCAUUGGUGCAAGAUUUCUGGUGACAUCCCCGCUGUAUGUAUAUCAGCAAUACAUUUUUGCGAAAGUUGAACUCAUCGAACAACUGAUGCCUCCUAUCGUAGAGAAGCUUAAAAAAAUAGCCAAUUCAAAUGUGGCACGCCUGGGAGGGAACGCAAAACGAGCACAAGCUUACUAUCAGAGGCAGGUUGGGGCUGAGUGGAAUAAACUAAUCAUUAAACAUAAUUGUCACCCAUUCAAAGGAAGCAUUGUCUUGUUGGUUCAAAUUCCCCUCUGGCUGUAUAUAUCCGCGGCUCUUAGAAAUAUCAUGGCAGCUUAUCCAGCAGAUGAUCCAGCCGUCUUAACAGCAGCUACAGAAAUGACUCUUGGAGGUCCAUUUUGGUGCUCUAACUUACUACUACCUGAUCCAACAUUUAUAUUGCCCAUUUCUUUGGCACUAGUAAAUUUAGCCAUCACGGAAAUCCAAGUUUUACGAAGAUGGACUGGUAAGGAGCCAUUAAUGAAGAAGAUUGGAGUCAAUGCUUUUCGUCUGAUUGCCAUACUUACUGGUCCAAUUGCAGCUCAGAUGCCUGCGGCUUUGGCUGUGUAUUGGGUCUCCUCCAGUUCGUUUGGACUUGUUCAACAUUUAGCUCUUCUCUCACCAAAAGUGAGAAGAUUCUGCAGAGUUCCUCACGUCCCUUCAGAGAAGGAACGACCGUAUCGGCAUCUUGUAGAACAAUUCAACGUACGGUGGGCAGCCAUGAAGAGCAACUGGUCAUCACAAUCUUUGUAAGGAUGGAGUAAAAGUUGAUUUUCAAUUUCUCUAGGCUUUAUAAAUUUGUUUGAAAAACUGAACAAGUGAUUUUUGUGUCAUCACAGAAUAAUUUUUCAGUUCCAUCAGUUCAUCUUCUCAGUGUUGAUAAUGUCAUUUUCCAACCAAGAUUCUUUGAAUUAUAUUUUUUUAGAAAAAAGGUUAAUAUCUGGGAGUGGAUUUGGUCAAAUUUUUCAGGAGGUUUGCAACCCUAAAGAAAAAAUCGGUCUGCUGAAGUCAAGAACUAAACUCACUUGUUAAGUUUUAGCCAACGUUUGCAUCCAUCAACCAUUUUGGGAGGUGCGUCAAAAAUUUUGGAUGU